CAAUCGUUCUAAAUUCUAAUGCCGUCUCCGACCUCCUCCUGUCUUCGUAAUCGUUGCUCAAGCAUCUCCUUCUGCGACCUCUGCGCUACUCUGAGAAAAAGAAACAGGUACAGCGAAGGGGUAUAUUUUCGUAACAAACGAGUGGUUCUUGUGUUAGUGUUGAAUUAGGGGAUAAUUACUCAUUGAAACUCUUAUGGCUUCCCAUGCAACUCCCAAUUCAAGAGUUAUCAAGGCCUUCAAUGCUAUGAAGGACUUGGGAAUUUCUAGUGAUGAAGUGAAACCAGUGCUGCAAAAGCUGUUAAGAUUGUAUGACAAGAACUGGGAAUAUAUUGAAGAAGAUAACUAUCGAACACUUAUAGAUGCAUACUUUGAGCUUAAGGAAGAUAAGGAAGCGGAAGGUAAGAGAAAAGCUCUCACUAGUGAUCAUGGUGGAGAAAAACAAAUGCAACCAUUGGCAAAUAAAGAUGACGUGCUUUUGUUAACUACGGACAACUCAAGACAAAAAUUAUCCACAAAAGAUAAUGAAAUGCCUUUAAAUACUUUUGGACAAGAAAUUGUUGAAACAUCUCAACCUUCGAUGAGCAAUACGAGACCUAAAAUCAUUCCUCAAUUAUUGAGAACAAGAAUUAAUGAGGUAGAAAGGAUAUCAAAGUUUCCUAGCAUGUCUGUUACAAAUAGAAGAUCAAAUUCAGAGAAAACAUCUUCUACAAGGCAUGGCGAAGGACUUGUUGAUGAGCCAAGCUUUACUCUUAUUCGAAGAGAAAAUCUACCAAAUGAACAUAAUAGGGGAGAGAUAAUGAAGCAAAAAACCAAACACAAUAAGUUACAUCUUGAAUCCAGUUCAACAAGUUACAAAGGUUCUUAUGAGGUUUUGACUAGAAAUCAUCCUGUCAAGUUGGUGUCUUCUUUGUAUAUGGAUCUAAACAGUGCCAUUGAUGAUUCUGCACACAAUAACAACCCUGCAAGUAGUAAGACUAAUAUUGAAAUUGCCUCUUCAACUUUGGGAGAAGUGAAAAUUUCUUUAAACUGUGACCACGCACUUGAACAACCAAAUUUCUAUAUUCCAAACUUAAGUACUGUGAUGAAGUUCAUGGAAGAGAAGUACCUUCAACCUACAAAUAUUGUUGGACCCCAAAUUUCUAUGGUGAAUUUAUUAAAUAGUUUGUGUGAGAAUUUUCUUAAAUUAGGAAUGCAUGUGAAUCAAAAGCAUUCACAUCCUGAGUUUAACAAUGCAAAUAUAUUAACAAAUGGGCCACAACAAGCUAUUGCUCAAGAUGAGAAAAAGCUAUUUCAUUUUCUUAGUGACAUAACAAAAGGCUCAGAAAAGGUGAAGAUAUCAUUGAUAGAUGAGUAUGGUAAUGGGGAAUUUCCAAAUUUUAAUUACACACCAAAUAAUAUAAUAUAUCAGAGUGCUAAUGUAAAUAUUUCGCUGGCUCGUAUUGCGGAUGAAGGUUGUUGCUCAAGUUGCUUGGGAAACUGUCUUUCCCAAUCAUUACCUUGUGCAUGUGCUCAAGAAACUGGUGGAGAGUUUGCUUACACGCUUCAGGGGUUAUUAAAAGAUGAAUUUUUAAUAUCUUGCAUAUCUAUGAAAAAAGAACCUCAAGCUCAUCAAUUGGUAUAUUGUCAAGAGUGUCCACUAGAGAGGUCUAAGAAUGAAUACAUGCCUGAGCAAUGUAAGGGACAUCUAAUCAGGAAAUUCAUUAAAGAAUGUUGGAAGAAGUGUGGAUGUGACAUGCAAUGCGGAAAUCGUAUAGUGCAACGAGGUUUAAGAUGUAAAUUGCAGGUGUUCUUUACUAGUGAAAAAAAGGGUUGGGGCCUUAGAACACUGGAAGAUUUGCCUAAAGGAUCCUUUAUAUGUGAAUAUGCUGGAGAAAUAUUAACUAACAUGGAGUUGUAUGAAAGAAUUGUGCACAAAAAUGGAAAUGACAGGCAUACAUAUCCCGUAACACUUGAUGCAGAUUGGGGCUCAGAAGGGGCAUUAAAAGAUGAGGAGGCAUUGUGUCUAGAUGCCACAUAUAAUGGAAAUGUUGCUAGGUUUAUCAAUCAUAGAUGCUCAGAUGCAACUCUAAUAGACAUUCCUGUUGAAGUAGAGACUCCUGAUCGUCAUUAUUACCAUCUUGCCUUCUUUACUAACAGGAAAGUGAAUGCUUAUGAGGAGUUGACAUGGGAUUAUGGUAUUGACUUUGAUGAUCAUGAUCAUCCUAUCAAAGCAUUCCAAUGUUGCUGUGGAAGCCCAUUCUGUCGUGACAAGAAGCGGAAAGGGAAGCGAAAAUUAGCGAAAUGUCUAUGAAGCGAGAGGACCUUCUAAACUGAUGAAAGUUGGGAAGCCAUUGGAGCUAAUGUUGGACUCAAACAAUGUUCCUCAGUGCUUGCUCAAUCACCACUAAGAUUUGAGAAGAAGAAUAGAUCAUUGAAUUGGAUAAGAUCUCAUCUUUCGGUUGAAGUUUCCACUUUUUCCCAUAGAUCAGGCGCGGGUGGGACCCCUGUUUGGCGAUGUAGAUAUCGGGAAGUUUGGACCCAAAGAUGAAUACCUUCUUGGGUUUGGAGGUCUCUGUGGUAGCCAUGGGAAUAAUUGAACCAACCAUUUUUGCAGAAUCUGCUCUCUCUUCAUUCUGUAGAGCCAUCUCUGUUACAAGCAGGGAAAACCUUGUGUGAUAUAAAAUUCAGGUGACUAGUUGCAAGAAGGUGCAGCUUAUCUCUAUUAUGGUCAAAUUUGUCAGUAUCUAUCCGCACUGGUUUGGCAAUUUAUGAGUUUUUUGAACUGUUCGUUAUUCUUUUUAUUCCUGUAAAAUUGUAUAGCAAACUCACAUCACAUAUUUUCAAGACAUUUAUUAGAGACAUGGAUAAUUGAUUCAUGUUGUAUGAUCUAACUUGUUAUAAUAAAAUUCUUGGUAGCAGAGGACUGA